CCAACUCUCUAUAAAUAAAUACAUUGCUCACUCCUUUUCCUCUUCUUCUUCUCAUACCCUAAAGACUCUUUCUGAUGCAGUAAAGGACUCCCUCAAACUUCUCUCUCUUUGCUCCUCAUUCUUGUAGCACCUUGACUCGUCACUGACUCACUCAAUGGCAGACCGAGUUCACCCUCGCGACUCACCACCCGAUUCCGCCGAGUUCGCUCAACCGGGGCAAUCUCAGGUGACACCCGUCGCUCCGCCGCCGUCGGAGAAGCCCGCUCCGCCUUUAGAAACCUACGUCAUCCAGCUCCCUAAGGACCAAGUCUACCGCACCCCACCGCCGGAGAACGCCCGCCGCUACGACCAGUACACUCGCCGCAACAACCGCCGCUGCCGAUUCUGCUGCUGCUUCUGCUGGCUCCUCGGACUAAUCUUCAUCCUCGCCGUGCUCAUCGGCAUCGCCGCCGGCAUCCUCUACCUCGUGUACCGUCCAGAAGCACCAAGCUACUCCAUCGAACGCAUCGCCAUCAAAGGCGUCAACAUCUCGUCGCCGUCGUCCACGGCGGCGGCAAUGUCGCCGGAGUUCGACGUCACUGUCAAAGCGGACAACCCUAACGACAAGAUCGGGAUCCGUUACGAGAAGGAUAGCUCCGCCGAGAUCUUCUUUAACGGCGCGAGGUUAUGUAACGGCGUUUUGCCGGCGUUUUAUCAGCCGUCAAAUAACGUGACGGUGUUUAUGACGGCGUUAAAGGGGAAAGAGGUUGAACUGAGGAGUGAGGAUGGAAGAGCGUUGUGGGAAGCGUUGACCAAACGGAAGGUUCCGUUGACCGUUAAGUUGAGGGCCCCGGUGAGAAUUAAAGUGGGGUCCGUUAAGACGUGGAAGAUUACUGUUAAGGUGAACUGUGAUGUAACGGUGAAUAAGUUAACGGUGCAGGCCAAGAUUGGUUCUAGGCAUUGUGAUUAUGGUGUUGAUCUUUGGUGAUGGAAAUUUGAAUGAUGACUGAUGAGGGUGGUUGGCAUUGUGAGAUUGAUUAUACAUUGUUUCCUGUUUACUAUUAUAUAUGUCAUGGUGAUAUUUGCAGAGAUUAUACAAGAUUUUGUAUACAUUA